AUGUCUAGCGAUGAUAUCAGCAAUAAUACGUGCAAUACUCGAACCUGCCUGGCGGCGGAAACGGAUCUGGUCGCUAUGAUCAGAAAGACUUGUACCUUCGACCAUUAUGAACUAUCAAACGCUUGUAGGGGGAAUUUAUUGCAUGUUUUGGACAUGCCCUCUACUCAGCAAGCAGUGAAGGAAGGAAACCAUAGUAUUAUGGUCUACCUUGAGAAUGGGACAGAUAUCGUGUUUGAGAAUCGACGUCGGCCUGAAGACAUCCCAGCAAUUCGUACGGACGGGAAGACACAGGAACCGUGCCCUUUUGGCCCAAAGACAUCCGAGGAUGUCAGCAAUGCCAUCGUUUCUAUCCUCGAAACAUAUCGAAUGGCCCCAAAAGAACACGCUCAUGAACCAUGGGAAGCCAAAACGAAAAUCUCAAGUCUCGUUCGGGAAUACAUAGAGCUAGGAGAGGUCAUACCGAUGGUCCUUCCAGCUUUUCCAUUCAAGUCACCUAAUAAAAAAAUUAAGGUCCUCGGCCACCUUCCAGAUAAAGGCGAGGAGGUUGCGUUGGCACACCUAAACGAACUCUGCAAGCUGAUCGAGAACGAGUAUACGAAAGGCGGGAGGAUAGACAUUGUUUCUGAUGGAUUGAUGUACAAUGACCUCCUGGGGAUUUCCGAUAAAGAGGUGUGGGCCUAUGGCCAAGCCCUCCGAAAACUUGCUGUUGACACAGGAUGCAGUAAUAUAAACUUUGUUCGGCUUGUGCAUCUGCUUGGGGAGGUCGAGAUGGGAGAGCCAUUAUCAGAAGAAGAGUACUUGAAAGAUGCUUCGUGGUUUCGGACGCAGCUUCACGAAAGAAAUAUUCCCGAAAAUUUUGAUGUCUCUGCGUUUAUAUCAAGUGAUCCUGACACAACACUGACCUACCGAGGGUACAUAAAAUUCCUCGAAAAAGAUCUCGACCACGAUAACAGUAUUGAUGAUGCGUCUGUCUCAAAACGACAGAUUAAAAAGCGCCACGAAGCAACGGCUAAAAACAUGAUAACCCGUGGACGAGCAUUCGCAAUCGCUAUAGCGAGAAGGUUUGAUAAAUCGAUUAGAUUAUCGAUUCACCCAUCCACAGAGUCAACGAAAGUAUCCAUAGCAAUAACCCCACAAAAGGACGGAAUGAUCAUGACGCCAUGGCAUUCAUCUCUUGUCUAUGCAGUGGACGGAUCCAUCCGUAUGGCACACGCAGGAUCAGUACCGGCAUUAACACACGAACUAAUUUUCGAGCACGGUCGCCCUGUCUAUUUCAGGGAGAAAUCACCCCUUUACGACUGGGGUAGUGUUGACGUCGAAUUUCGAUACACCUAUCCCUCCGGUAUCAUUAUUUCUCCUCGAAACAAGUCCUGCAAAUGCCGACUUAACCGAGUUGAUAUGCGGAAGGUGAGAGUGCUGGCGGGGUUCUGUUCCCCUGUGAUAUUACGGGGCUGGUUGGAAACGGCAAGCCAAGGUUGCUGUUUUGAAACCGACGUUGCCAGCGGGAAAUGCAGACAUGGAAACAUUCGAAUGGCAAAAUUCUGUAACGGAAUAACUCCGGGAGUAACAACGGGCUGUCCUAGAAUGAGGCCGACACCAAGUCAUUGUGAAGCCGGGGCCUUGAGAGACUUCGAUAGCGAGGGGAGUACCAUAUGCGACCACGUGCCUUGCCAGCAGAUUGUAUCUUCAAUGCAUAAAACGGGCACAUCAUCUCAGAGCUUGCUCCAUAUCCCUCCUGAUGGAUGUGGUCGGUGCCUCGCAGUAGACCAACAUCGAGGAAACCCCCAAGCCGAAAAUCGGCCGCUGAACGAAGUGCCAAAUCCACCAAAAAGUUAUUCAGCUUGGAAAGUCCUAAAGGAUUGGUCUGACAUGUGUAUCAUGAGCUAAGUCCGCAUUUCUUCAUCUGGGAAUCUUGGUUCUGGGCUGAUAUGGGACAGGGAGGAACGGCGCGGCUCUGGUAUUCUUUGCUCCUUUUUCAGAUAUAUCCCCUACUCAGACUGGUUUGAUAGGGGCUUCUCUUUGAGAUUAGCCUGUAAACGGAGGCAGAAUAAUAGAUGUAUAUAUAAUCUUCCUAUAAAAACAUUCAACCAAGGGCGGCGUUUCAGGCUCUCGCGUGCUGUUAAUGCAAGGUGAUCUAGACAAAGAACAGUUGAUGGCAAGGGGGCCCAUUUUAAA